CUGGCAUUCUCAUCCAGUAUUUUUUUUCCUGCUCGGAGGGAAUCUGUGAACAACCCAAACUCAUACCUGGACAAGGUCAAACAGACGAUGAGGGGGAUUUCUUUACAACCUGAUCCUAUGCCGUUGACAUUUACUAUGGUUUUGCUAAGCUUGGAGGUUGUUUGAGACUUCUGCUUUGUUGUUUUUCUUUAAUUUAUUCUAAAUUUUGGGGGAGAAAGAAGGGUUUUUUCUGUUGUCUCUUUGGUACAAUGUACACAUGCGCGAACAGCAGCCUGAAAAAUUGUACAAGAGGAGAAAAGGAGCUGCAGAGGACAAUUUUGUGCUGACCAUGACACCUCCGUUUUGGAUACACUGCAGGCAGAAGCCUGCAUUUCUUUAGUCAUCCAAAAAGGAAAAGGCUUUCCUUCCGCAGUGGACUCAAAAACUUUCUUCCGUUUUUCUUUGGUAUUUAAGGAAUAUUUAAAAGACCAAAAGGAUCCACAUCUCAGCAAGCUUCCGACAUACAGGAGCUGGACCCCGAGCAUCAUGUAAAUGAAACAAUUGAAAGGGCAUAAAAGAAGCGCGCUCUCGGUGAAACAGCAUCAGCACCGAUGCGCGUCCCCGCCCCGGCCGAGGCUGCCCAAGAUCUGGAGGAGUUGGAGCUGUGCGAGUUAAAAGUUGGGCUAAAAGGGGUGUGAAAGGAUGCUGCAGAAGAUUUUUCCAUCGAAUUAACAUAAUCCGUGGAGAAACGCUUUCUAAGUGAAGGAUGCCUUGCACAGUACUGACCAUAUGCCUCUUGUUUUUGGGCUUCCAACAAUGCGCAUCGGACGAAUGUGUGGAUCCACUCGUCUCUGGACUUUAUGCUUCCGCCUUCUGGGCCUCUUCCAGAUAUAACUUUCUUUAUUCUGCUAAUUUUGCAAAGUUGUAUGGCAGCAGUGGCUGGUCUCCCUCCCCCAGGGACAGACAGCCAUGGCUGCAGGUAAACCUAGGCAUGAAGUACAGGCUGAGGGCAAUCGCCACCCAGGGGACUUUUAACUCAUACGAUUGGGUCACAAAGUACAUGAUCCUCUACGGUGACCGACCGGACUCCUGGACGCCAUAUAUCAUGCAAGGAGGCAACUCUACACUGCCCGGGAAUUGGAAUUAUUAUCAAGUGAAGAGGAAUGUCUUCCAUUAUGCCUUUACUGCUAAACACAUUCGUCUGCUGCCUCUGGCGUGGAACACAGAGAAUGGAGGAAAGAUUGGUGUGAGGCUGGAGCUGUUUGGCUGUCCUUAUGAUUCUUCUGUGCUGCAAUAUAACGGGGAUGACUCAGUGAUUUACAUGUACCCGGAAAAAAGGUCCCGUACUCUGCGGGAUCACAUUGCUCUAAACUUCAAAACUCUGGAGCAGGAUGGGUUGCUGUUGCACAGUGAAGGGAUACAGGGGGACCUCUUCACCCUGGAGCUGAAGAAAGGUCGACUUUACCUGCACAUCAGCCUUGGAAGCAGUGUCUUACACAAAAUUGAUGGUCGAAUUACCCUGACUGCUGGUAGCCUUCUUGACAAUCUGCACUGGCACUACGUGACCAUCAAGCGGCAUGGACGACAGGUUAAUCUAACAGUAGACAGUCAGACAGUGACCGCUAUUUGCAAAGGAGAUUUUACUCACUUGGAUCUGGACUCACAGAUGUACGUAGGAGGAGUGAUUGAGCCAAAUUUGCCUCACCUCCCUACAACGCCAAAUUUCCGAGGCUGCUUGGAAAAUGUCUUCAUCAACGACAUCAACGUCAUCGAUAUGGCCAAAAGAGAAGAUCCAGAAAUUCGUAUUCCUCGAAAAAAAAAGCUGCAUUUUGCCUGCCGGGACAUUCUGCUUAAACCAAUGACCUUUGCCGGACCCAACAACUACCUACAAGUGCCUGGGUUCUUUAGACGACCUCGCAUGUUUGUCAAGUUCAAGUUCCGCUCAUGGGACUACACAGGACUGCUGAUGUUCACGCGCUUUGCUGACAACCUGGGUGCCCUUGAGCUGGGUCUCAGUGAGGGUCAGAUCAAUGUGACCAUCUUCCAACCAGGAAACAAGAAAAUACAGUUUGCUGCAGGAUACAGGCUCAAUGAUGGGUACUGGCACUCUGUGGAUCUGGCAGCCCGAGACAACCUGCUGACUCUCACCAUAGAUGAAGAGGAAGCUUCACCGCUAAAAAUCACCAACCCGUUCACCAUAAGGACUGGGGACCGUUACUUUUUUGGAGGUUGUCCAAAAACUAACAACACGAUUCGGAAGUGUGAGACAAAGCUGAAUCGCUUCCAUGGCUGCAUGCAGCACAUUUUCAUUGACAACGAGCAGCUUGAUAUUGACAUUAUUUUGCAGCGGCAGUGGGGACGAUAUGCUGAGCUUUUGUUGGGUACCUGUGGGAUCACUGAUAGAUGCACCCCAAAUCCAUGUGAACAUGAGGGCAGAUGCAUCCAGUCAUGGGACGACUUUAUCUGCUUGUGUGAGAACACAGGCUAUAAAGGAGAAGUCUGCCACAUGUCGGUCUAUAAAGAGUCGUGUGAAGCGUACAGACUAAGUGGCAAAUACUGGUCUGGAAACUACACCAUCGAUCCUGAUCUUAGCGGGCCACUAAGGCCAUAUGAAGUGUACUGCAAGAUGAAGUCAUACAAAGCAUGGACAGUGAUUAUGCACGAUCGAGUGGAUGGGACCAAGGUAUCGGGGAGCUCAAUAGACCAGCCAUACAUAGGAGAUAUCAACUAUUGGAAUGCCUCCUGGGAUGAAGUUACUGCCCUUGCCAACACCUCCAUGUACUGUGAGCAGUGGAUCGACUACUCCUGCUACAAGUCCCGCCUUCUGAACACACCAAAUGGGAGACCUUUCUCUUACUGGAUUGGCCGCAACAAUGAAAGUCACUAUUACUGGGGUGGGACUUUCAGAGAAGUCCAAAAGUGUGGCUGUGCUGUCAACCAAACCUGUGUUGACCCAAAGUUUCAGUGCAACUGUGAUGCAGACUAUAGACAAUGGUUUUCAGAUAAAGGUUAUUUGGACUUCAGAGACCAUCUUCCUGUCAGGAAGUUGGUAAUUGGGGACACCAAUAGGACUGGAUCACAAGCUCAAUUCACAGUUGGACCACUCCGCUGCCAUGGCGAUAGAAACAUCUGGAACACCAUUGCUUUCACAAAGCCAACGUACAUAACAUUCCCCACGUUGAGGCCUGGAACAACUAUUGACAUCUCUUUCCACUUUAAAACCUAUCGGGGCAAUUGUGUCUUCUUGGAGAACUCCGAUGACCAUCUUAAAAAUUUCAUAAGAGUAGAGCUGAACACAACCCAAAACCUUGCACUUGUUUUCAUGGUUGGCGAUGGCAUCCUCAAUGUUACCCUGCACUCCCCUGUUCCCCUCAAUGACAACGAAUGGCAUUUUGUUCAGGCUGAACUCAAUGUGAAGGUGGCUCGGAUCAAGGUUGAUUACCAGCCUUGGGCGGUCAAACGCUUUCCAGGUCAGACAUUCGUCACCAUGCAGUUCACCCAUCCUCUCCUUGUAGGUGCAGCCAAUCGUACUCUGAGACCUUUCUUAGGAUGCCUUCGAGGGUUACGUAUAAAUGGUGCUCCUUUCGAUUUAGAGGGAAAAGUAAAUGAAGCACAGGGCAUAAGGAGGAAUUGCACAGGACAGUGCCUCAAUGCUACAAUACCUUGUCGAAACAGUGGUCAGUGCAUUGAAGGAUAUGCGUCCUAUACUUGCGACUGUAACAACACAGCCUUUGAUGGCUUCUACUGCCACAAAGAUAUUGGAGCUUUUUUUGAGAUUGGAUCAUGGCUGAGGUACAACGUUCGAAAAAAGCCAGUGUCAGAUGAAGCAGCAUGGGCAAACUGGAUUGACCCGCACUACGACAACUUCAGUCUGGGCUAUAACGACACGGCAGACGACAUAGAGUUCAGUUUCAGCACUGUGCACACGCCAGCCGUGUUACUCUACAUCAGCUCCUUCGUGCAAGACUACAUCGCUGUCAUCCUGAAGAACGACGGCAGUGUUGAUCUAAGGUAUAAGCUGGGACUCAUAACACACAAGUACCAACUGACUCAUCGAAACCUGGCAGAUGGAUUUCCUCACUACGUGAACAUAACCAGGCACAACAGAACUAUUAAAACACAGGUGGACUACAUGGAACCAAUAGUGGAAAAGAUAACCUUGGUGGAGGAUGCCAGGUUUGACUCCCCCAGAUCCAUGUAUUUGGGAAGAGUUAUGGAGGUUGGUGAUAUUGACUAUGAAAUUCAGAGGCAUAAUGCUCCGGGCUUCAUUGGCUGCAUUUCUGGGGUGAGGUACAAUGUGUACGCCCCCCUAAAAGCCUUGUUCCGUCCAAAUGAAACAGACCCCCCUGUAACCACACAAGGCUAUGUGUCUGAGUCCAACUGUGGGGCCUUCCCUCCUAUCCUUGGUUAUGUACCCUGGGAAGUAGACCCCUGGUUUACUGGCAUUGAAUAUUUCUACAUCCAUGAUGACCUAGGUCUGUUUUGGAUAACAGUUAUUGUCAUCUUGGCAUUGCUGCUGCUCUUCGGAGGCCUGUACACCAUCUACGUGUAUGCUUACCAACAGAAGGGCAGUUACCACACAAACGAACCAAAAAACUUGGAGUCCCCCAGCAGCUCCAGACCACUAACUGAAACCCUGACAAGAGAAAAAAAGACCCUCCCAGAAAUUGAAGAGGAGUUCCGAAGUGGCUAGUAUCACAGGACUUAUGGGGCAAAGGGGCAGGGUUUUACACAGGGGUAAGAGGGAGGGGGAAAUAGCACUUGCAAAAACCACAGUUACCUGUAGUAAUAUUUCUAAUUAUUUUGUCUCCUUUCGUACGCUUUAGUUUGUGUUUCUUUUCCCCAGUUGAGUGGGAUUUGACGCCUGGUGCUCUACUUUUCAUAGUAUGUAUUUUGGUAAGUUCCAGUUUUGCCGGGUUUCAAGUCCAAACCAAGCCCCAUAUUGCAUGAGUAGCCAACAAGUCUCACACUGUAUUGCAGGGUGAAAUACUGAAGUGCCUCUUCUGAGCAGGCUUGAUCUGAAAGCUUUAUGGCUUAUUCAGUGAGAGUUUAGACACUGUGGGAAAAUGGAUUUUAAUGUAUGUCUAACUGGAACAUCAGUUUCAAGUGUUCAGGCUUGUAUUGAUUGAUAUCUUUAGAGACAUUUUUCAGUCCAGGGAAAGUUGUGAGUAGCUAUAAAAUGUAUUUCCAUCUUAGAUAUACCUUUUGAUGACAAUCUAUCAUAAAGUCACUGUUGAAAUCACAGCUACCAAUCUCUCAUUGAUUUAAAUUGAGAAUUUAUCACUUUGCUUGUGAAAUAACUUGACAAAACAUCUAAAUAAAAGCAAUGUGAAAGGGGACAAAACAAUACAAUGAAGAGAGAUAUUGAUGAGCAUGAAGCUUUAUGCUUUAAGAUGAUGAUGUUUCAAAGGUAUGUAUGCUUAUAUUUGCUCUACUACACCCUAUAACUGUGCAUAACCUUUACAGAGUAGCCAUACCGUCAGUACAUAGCAGCUUUGCUGGGUAGUUUGCUCAGAUCACCACACUCUCUCAACAGUGGCCCUUUGGGACUUAGAAUGUGAUGAUUCGAAAUAGUACCUCGAGGUGUGAGAGCUGGAAUCAAAAUGAACAUCAAGUUGACAAAAGUUGUCAGGUUUGUGACCUGAUUUGCCAUUUCUUUUGUCUGACUUCUGGUUGCUUUUAAAUAAAGUCAAGAUGGCAACAGCUUGGUGUUAAACAGUGAUAGUAUCAAAAACAAAGACCCAACAAAACCACAGAGUUCUUCCACAAUCUUUUAACUUUAGUGAUAAACUGACUUCAGGGAACAACAGCUUCCCAUACAAAUGUGGGAAUUACACACAAAAACACACACGUUACAACUGUGCAGAGGACCACAAAAGGGUAAAAGGUAGGAUUUUACUUCAUUUCACACUGCUAAAAUAUGUUUGCUUAAUGCUGUAGGGCAAGGAAUAUUGCAAAGACAGUGCCUCUACACUGGCAGAUCGGGUUGUGAUCCCUUAUUUUUAACAAUAAAUAAUGGGGGUGAGGUGCUUCAGUGGCCAACAGUGCUUCAAUAGUCAAACCUCUAAUUUAGGAGACACAGUCUUUUUUUCAUCUCAGUCAUGGCAUAGUGGAUCAGCGGGUUCAUGUGAAUUUGCCCAUCAAACCCUUGUGAGCUCUGUGGAUUUGGUGAAAGUAUUCAAUUUUGCCACUCCAGGUAAUGUGUGGGAGGAGCUCUGGGAACCUAGGAUCUGAGGUCGCCCACUAAGACCCAUUCAGUCUCUGUGUAACCAAAGCAGACGUUGAGUUUGUAUUAUGCCAGGAAGUCAAACCUCAUUCCCUGUGCAUGUUGGACUCUGGCAGGGCAGCCCUUUGUCACUGAUUCUGUUAUACUUUUUAUAGAGAGAACGUCCAGGAGCAGCCAGGGGAAUCUGGUUGAGGGACCACAAGAUUUCAUUUCUGCUUUUUGCAGAUGGUGUAUGUUUGGCUUAAUUCAACCAGGACCUUUGAUGUCCUGGGGCAGUUUGCACUCAAGUUUUGAGCUAUUGGGAAGAGAAUUAGCAUCUCCAAGUCAGAAGCCACAGCUCUAGACUACUAAAACAAGGGUUUCCCCUCUUCAGAUGGGUGGAGAUCUCCUAUUGUUCGUUGAGGGAGUCUUUACAAGUGAGAGGAGAUGAAGCAUGAGAUUACCAGGCAGAUAUGUGCAUCAUCUGCAGUAAUGUGGUCAGUGUAUUGAUCUGUUGUAAUGAAGUAGGAACUGAGCCAAAAGGCAAUGCUUUGCUAGUCAAAGCUUUGGGUCAUGAUCAAAAUGAUGAGAUCACGCGGCUGCAUUGAGUUUCCUCGGCAGGGUGGCUGGGCAUUCUCUUUCAGAUUAGGUGAGGAGCUCUGUCACCCAAUGGAUUUACUACUGGCUUCUCUCAAUGUGGGGGACCUGUGGGUCUACUAUGAUUUCCUCCUGGGAGACAGUUGAGGUGGUUAAGGCACCUCCCCUGAAUGCCUCUUGGAUGCCUCUCUGGAGAGAUUUGCCGGGAAGAGUUCUCAAGGAAGACGCAGGCUGUGCUAGAGGGAUCGUGUCUCUUGGCUGGUCUGGAAUGGCCUUGGGGUUCCCCCAGCAGAAUGGGGAAGUUUCUGUGGACAGGGAGGUCUGGGCAUCUCUGCUUACACUGCUCCAGAAAAAAGGGAGAAGAGGGACGCAUGGAUGGCCUUAGGGCAGUAGCUGACCACAACACCAUCAUUGCUGCCACUUGUUAAGCUGCUUCUAAAGGCAAUUUGAGUUCUACCUUUACUUUGGGGAAAUCUCUCUCAUCUGCAAGAGGAUUUUUCAUUUGGUGCAACCAAAGCUUACAGCUGUAAUCACCUGCUGCAGCCCUGCUUCCCUCUGAAGCACUACUGUGUCGGUGAAAACAGGUUCAAAAGGCAACAGAAUUACUUUUGCAACAUAUUAGCUAUGCAUAUUUAGAGCAUGAGCGCACUUUGCAAAAACAUGCAAUAAUAAAAGCUUCCUUCAGCCACGAAUGUUUUGGCCUUUGUUUAUUUUGCAAAUGUACCGUAGCAAGCUGAUAAUGUGAAUAAAAGUGAUUGUAACAAUGCUUUGAACCCCUCCUCCCCCAAUGGUUUGUACAGAACAAGUUAAAUGGAGUGCUUGAAUGUAUAUCCUUUGACUCUGUAAUGUCUGGGCAGACUCUACAGUGAUGGCCUGUCCUAAUGUUUUUAAUUGUAGACUGCUGUGAAAGUACCAUUAACAAAAGCUUUUGAACCGCUCAGGAUAGUGCAGUACUUGUUCUCUGUGGCUCUGAUAGACCUCAACAUUGUUGGUUCUCUUCUGCUACAGAUGGCGCAAAAACUGUACAAUGAAAGGAUGUAAAAACUGCAACUACUGUAAAGGCACAACUUGCUACCCUUGUAUGAACCUGUACAGAUUUGACCACAUGUGGUGUCUGACACUUGUGUUUUCAGGAUGUGUCCUAUUGUCAGACGAAUGAACGAGAAAGGUGAGCGAAGACUGAAAUUGGUGGGUUGACCCUAUAACUGACUUUAUUUUUGUGACAUUGGCGACAACAACUCAAACCAUUAGACACAAACAUCAAUCAGUUAUGCUUUAUGCACAAAUGACUUAGUCAUGAUACACACACCUCACUGCAUUUGUUGAUGAACUGGCUAUAAACUUUCAGCUUAGCAGUGUCACGUGACAGCAACUCACAUUGUAGUUUGUGUGGUCCUUGGAGUGUGUUUGUGUGACUCAACUAUUUUGAUGCUUGUAUAGUUAUAGUUUACCCAAAAGGUUACAGUGAAUAAUAAUAACAAAUGUGCACCAAUGCCAACUAACCAACACACUAAAUGUUUUUCACAACGUGAGAACGGGACUUGUAAAAAUGUCCUAAACUGUGUUUAAUUGCAAUUACCAGAAGAGGGCGACAAACAGCAAAGUGGGCUUGUGUCUUGUUGGACUUCUUGAAGUCUUAAGUAAAUACAUUAGCACGAAGAAAUGAAAAUAAAAAAAAAGAAAACCAAUGAAGUCAAUGAAGUUUGUUCUGCUCCACACUCUCAAAAAGAUCUUAAAAUGUACUAUAGCUUUGGUUAUGUUGCCGGCAAACUUUUAAAAAUAUUAGUGAUACCAGAAGUCCAUUCAGCUCUGCACCACUAAACCAUUCCUUCAACAACGAGCCAAUUGUAAAUUGUAUUUUUGAUCACGUAAUUUGGACUUCUGUUACUCCGGUUUGUUUUGUAAAGAAAAAAAAAACAAAAUCACUGUAAAUGACCAUUACUGUUAAAAUGACUUCCAUCUCAAUAAAAGAAGCUUGAAUGAAA